AGCGUCUCAACACACAGGAAUGGAGUAAACAGAUUACAAACGUCUGGGCAGGUUAGCUGCUCGAGUGCACAUGUGUUACACAUUACCUCAGACGACUUCAGGAUUUCACCUCACAAGGCACAUCACCAUCAAUGUCUUACUCAACAUGCUUUUUAACCCUUUACGUUCUUUGUCUUGCUCACUACUCUCACUGUUACCUACUGCCCACGUUUGACCCUUGCACCAUUAAAACUGGAACGUGCUCUCUCUGCCAGUUAGGCAGGUUCUGCUGUGUGAGUGGCACACACUGCUGCAUGUGACAAGAAAAGAGUGCCAAGCCAACCAUGCUAUCAGGUUAUGAAACAACACCAAGUCUGGAGAGCUGGCCUGCAGCGUGAUGGUUUCAAUUUGACUUCAACAGAUAUUUGAAUGUGGCAGAAACCAGAACAGAUCAACAUGGACUCUCCAGUGAAGGCUCAGAAAGCGAGGGUAGCCGUGGUACCAGCAGCAGCCCCUGAUGGUGGCUACUCCUGGUUCAUCCUGCUCUCCUGCUUCCUGGUCUUUGGCCUGACCUUUGGGGUCACUAAGGCCUUUGGUGUAUUCUUCGUUGAGAUACACCGAUACUUUGAAACCACAGCAACAGAAACAUCGUGGAUUUCCUCUAUUGCCGUGGCUGCCCUUCACUUUGGGGCUCCUGCAGCAUCUGCUUUGAGUGCUCGCUACAGCCAUCGCUCUGUAGUGAUAAUGGGGGGACUGAUAAGCGGCGUAGGAGUCAUGUUUGGGGCUUUUGCUCGUAACAUGAUUGAACUCUACUUAACAGUUGGGCUCCUAAAUGGUUUUGGCUAUGCAAUGACAUGGACCCCGACAGUGACCAUGCUGGGCUUUUACUUUGAGAAGAGGCGUCCGAUGGCAAACGCCUUGGCCAGCGCUGGAGAGUGCGCCCUAACCUUUGUCCUCACACCCCUCUUCCAGCUGUUGAUUGACAGCUACUCGUGGAGGGGUGCUUUUCUAAUCCUGGGGGGUCUGCAGCUUAACCUCUGUGUGUGCGGGAUGCUGCUGAGGCCUCUAAAAGCCACCAGAGAUGUGACUUGUGCGGUCAAAGAAGAGGAGGAAGGCUUGUCCUUGGAAUUGCUACCAAAAGACGACUUGGAGCAGAGCAAACCAAGCUGCCUGGAGGUGGAGGAGCUGAGAAUAUCUGAGGGAUCAGAUCACAACCCUGAAGAGAUACCGAAUUCAACCGUGAAAGUACAAGACUCAAACAGUAGGACUAGGCCAGAACUAAGGACCAAAAUCCUUCGCCACGUAGAUUAUACCCUCAUCACCAAUGCUCGAUUCAUGGUCUAUUCAACGUUUGGGGUGUUUGCUGCACUGGGUUUAUUUACCCCAUCCCUGUUCAUGGUUCCAUAUGCCCGUAGUAAGGGGAUUGAGGAGUACCAGGCGGCUGCACUCAUGUCCAUCUGUGCAGCGUUCGAUGUGUUUGGAAGGGUGUUCUUAGGCUGGGUGGCAAACUUGAGACUGGUGGAAACGUUGCAGCAGCUGACAGCCACAGUGAUUCUGCAGGCUGCUGUUUUACUCCUCUUCCCUCUGGCCUCCUCAUUCUGGGAGCUGGCUGCUUUCAGUGCAGCUUACGGCCUGACGUACGGCGCCACGGUCGCCAUCCACAUCACCGUGUUGGCUGAGGUCGUGGAGGUCAAGAGGCUCGGGAGCGCGCUGGGGUUCUACAUGCUCACACGCAGUGUCGGAAGCCUGCUUGGACCGCCCAUUGCCGGAGUCUUUAUAGACAAGAUGAGUGACUACGGAAUGGGUUUCAUCAUGGCAGGAGUGGCUCUCAUCGUCUCUGCUCUGUUCCUGCUCCUCCUCCAUCAGAUGAACCGCAGGGGUCAGAGGUCGAUCGCCAAGAAACGUAUGCAUGCGGACAAGAUGGAACAAAGUGCCAGAGCUAAAGCCAAAGAGCUGGACAUGACAUGAAUGAGGGAAACAUUUUUUCUGUUGCUGAUAGACGAUGAGUUUGAAAAGAGAUCUAAAGAUCACAGUCAGAGACAGAAUCAAGUCACACCUCAAGUGAUUUUACAAACCUAAGACACUGUACAAAAAUGAUUAAAGGGGGGAUCAAAGCUGCCAAGCAGUUCUUCUUUUAAAUGUUACUGAUCCGUUCUGCAGUAGAG